AGAAAAAUGGAUAAGGUAAGUACGCCUUGCUGCCUAUCUGCCUCUCCCUUCUCCCUCUCCCUCGCUUUCCUUUCCCCCUGGAAAAUCAAAAAAUCCUCCGAGCUUAGAGCUUAGAGCUCAGAGCUCACCCACUUCCGUCAAAGUCUUCCGCAGUAUGAUUGCAAGUUCCCUAGGGAAUUGUUGAUUCGGCGGCUUCAGCUCCACCAACCUCGUACAGCUUCCCUUUUGCUCCCGACCGGAAAUGGCGGCGGUCACCUCUUUGUCCUUCUCGGCAAUUGGUCAAUCUGCUGAGAGGAGGGCACCUCUCUCGUCGACGCGUGUCCUCGGCUCCAGCUUCUCGGAGGGGCUUCGCUUCCGUACAGGUGUACUCUGUGACCUUGCAGGGGUUAGAGCCUCGACUUCCGGCUCCCUCUUGGUCGUACAGGGCAUGUCCACUGCCACGGAUUUGCCUACUGUGGCUGAGACAAAGCAGAAUUUCCUCAAGGCAUAUAAGCGGCCCAUUCCUGGUGUCUACAACACAGUGCUACAGGAGCUGCUCGUCCAGCAACACUUGAUGCGGUACAAGAGGAACUAUCAGUAUGACCCCGUGUUUGCCCUCGGUUUCGUGACCGUGUAUGAUCAGCUCAUGGAAGGGUACCCCAGCGACGAGGACAAAGAAAUCAUCUUUCAGGCAUACAUCCAAGCAUUGCAGGAGGAUCCCCAGCAAUACAGAGCUGAUGCACAAAAAUUAGAAGAGUGGGCUCGUUCCCAAAAUGCCGACUCACUGAUUGGGUUUUCAACAAGAGAAGGGGAAGUCGAAGCCAUUUUUAAGGACAUAGCAGAAAGAGCUGGGAGCAAAGGGAGCUUUGGCUAUAGCCGAUUCUUUGCAGUGGGGCUCUUCCGACUUCUCGAGUUGGCAAAUGCCAUGGAGCCCACAAUUCUGGAAAAGCUUUGUGCUGCUCUAAAUGUUAACAAGAGAAGUGUGGAUCGGGACCUCGAUGUCUACCGCAACCUGCUCUCCAAGCUGGUUCAAGCCAAGGAGCUGCUAAAGGAAUAUGUUAACAGGGAGAAGAAAAAGAGAGAAGAAAGGGCAGAGUCCCAGAAGGCUAAUGAAGCUAUCACAAAAUGCGUGGGAGAGUACCAGCACAUUCUGCAGUAGAUCAUCAGUAUGUAUCUUCUUCAUCGGAUUGCUGACUGUCUACGUUCAAGAUACAGUGCGGUGUCUCUCUUUCAGUUUGCUUCGAGCUAUGAGAGUUGGGGCUUGCGUUGUUCUAGCUCUUGCUUCGGCAGGCUAAAUAUUUUUCACGUAUAAUUCACGCCAUCCUUGUUUUUCUUCCAGAAAUGUAUUCUCUCAUAUAAGGAAUUUUCCUCUUAAUUCUUAUUCGAGAUGUAUCUAGUGCUACUAGAAGUAAAUACUUGAAUAUACAAUGUCAUGAUGUUUCUAAAAUAUGCAAGAGUUCCAAAGCCCUUGGCUUUUCUAUUUCAA